AUGAGUUCACUGGCUGCUAUAUCUCCUCCAAAGAUUGAAAAGAAACCAGUUAGUUUUUCUAAUAUUUUAUUAGGUGCUGGUUUAAAUAUGGCUGAAGCUACUACUUUAGGUCAACCUUUAGAAGUUGUUAAAACUACUAUGGCUGCCAAUAGAAAUUUAACAAUGGCACAAGCUAUAGCUAAAGUUUGGUCAAGAGGUGGAGUAUUAGGAUUUUAUCAAGGUUUAAUUCCAUGGGCUUGGAUUGAAGCCAGUACAAAAGGUGCUGUAUUAUUAUUUGUUAGUAAUGAAGCUGAAUAUGUAUUUAAAUCAAAAUUUGGUGUAAAUAAUUUUGUUGCAGGAAUGGGUGGUGGUAUUGCUGGUGGGUUAGCUCAAGCUUAUUUAACAAUGGGUUUUUGUACAUGUAUGAAAACAGUUGAAAUUACAAGAGCUAAACAAGCAUCAUCAGGUGUUCCAACUCAAACUUCAUUUCAAGUUUUUCAAGAGAUUUGGAAAAAAGAAGGUAUUAGAGGUAUAAAUAAAGGAGUAAAUGCAGUUGCAAUUAGACAAAUGACUAAUUGGGGUUCAAGAUUUGGUUUUUCAAGAUUAGCUGAAGAAUCAAUACGUAAAUUAACAAAUAAAAGAGAAGAUCAAAAAUUAUCAGCAGUUGAAAAAAUUGCAAGUUCAGUUAUUGGUGGUGGAUUAUCUGCUUGGAAUCAACCAAUUGAAGUUAUAAGAGUUGAAAUGCAAUCAAAAACAAAUGAUCCAAAUAGACCAAAAAAUUUAUCAGUUAUUGGUGCGUUUAAAUACAUUUAUCAAACUAGUGGUAUUAAAGGAUUAUAUAGAGGUGUUACUCCAAGAAUUGGUUUAGGUGUUUGGCAAACUGUUUUUAUGGUUGCAUUUGGUGAUAUUUUUAAAAAGAUGUUAAAUACUGAUGGAAGUGGUCAUUAA